CCAAUUGGCCCAUUUACAACAAGAAGAAGAUCUGGAAGAGCAGAGCAGUCGGAGUCAAAAUCCCAGAGGUGCUUCGAGAAUGCGCCCCAAAAUCAUGGCGGGAACAUUUAGCGCCAUCAAUUGGAAAAUCCCGCCAUUGGCGAGCCUCUCUCUACUUAAUCACCAAAUCCCUGCCCCCUUCCGUAUUCUCAACUCCCGUUUUUGUUACUUUAGAAACCCUCAAGUCCUCAAAAUGCCUCCAGCAAAUCUACAAAACCACAGCCCUGAUAUCAAAGAGCCUUCUCCUAAAGUCCCCAAGCUCCAACAUGAUAACAUCCCGUCAUAUCUCCUAAGAGUGAAAAAACUCUCUGAAAAUGCUGUUUUGCCCUCUAGAGGCUCUCCCCUUUCCGCUGGCUAUGAUCUCUCCAGUGCCUCAAAGGCAAAGGUACCAGCUAGAGGAAAGGCCCUUAUCCCUACAGAUUUGAGCAUUGCAAUACCUGAAGGAACUUAUGCUCGCAUUGCACCCAGAUCGGGACUGACAUGGAAGCACUCAAUUGACGUGGGUGCUGGUGUCAUAGACGCAGACUACAGAGGCCCAGUUGGGGUUAUCUUGUUUAAUCAUUCUGAUGUUGAUUUUGAGGUCAAGGUUGGCGAUAGAAUUGCGCAGUUAAUCAUCGAGAAGAUCGUGACUCCUAAUGUUAUGGAAGUCGAGGAUCUGGAUGCAACGGUGAGAGGUGCUGGAGGGUUUGGAUCCACUGGCGUGUGAGCUUCCCGUGCCUCAUAAGACUUUUCUUGAAAACUUAUGUUUCUUUGUGGGUAAAUUUAGUGAACAGAUUGUCGGCUUAGUGGUUAAUGUUUUAGGUUUGGUGACGAAGCUUGGUUUGCAAUGAAGACAUGGCAUUUUUAUUC